AGUGUCAGUGAGUUGGGCAGGAAACUGCAGUUAAGUUAGGUGGUCCAUAUUACAUCCAGUUUUUACUACAAUCACAAAUUAUUAUUCUCAACAGCAACACUGGCACAGUAACUGAUGUGUUAGCAUUUGACAGGCUGAUGUAAGUUAACUUUAGUGUGUAAGUGUUGCUUUAUGUUAGCAUACAUCAUACUCCCCACUUAGCCGACAAGCUCGUAGUCAGGACCAAUGGAGACGACAGAAGUUUGUGAGAUUGAUGUGGCGACCAGAAGAAUAGUGGGAGGCAGCGACUCUCCACCUGAACUGGACAGCCCAUGUCAGGAGGAGGUUGCGGAGUUUGGUUUGGGGUUGUGCUGCGCUGACGAGGAGAGGGGAGAAACUCCAGGCAGAGAGGACAGUCCCAGCGACCUGGUGGAGGCUGAGCUCGACCCUGGAGGAGACCUCAAGGCUGGAGAGGACAAGGCUUUUGGAAAGGAGGUCGUUCUGUUGAUGCAGGCUCUGAACUCUCUCGCCACUCCUGAGGAGAAACUAGCUGCUCUGUGCAAGAAAUAUGCAGACCUGUUGGAGGAGAGCCGCUGCAUGCAGAAGCGCCUGAAAGCCCUGCAGAAGAAGCAGUCUCAGAUAGUGAAGGAGAAGAUCCACCUGCAGGGAGAACACAGCAAGGCCAUCCUGGCCCGCAGCAAGCUGGAGAGUCUCUGUCGGGAGCUGCAGAGACACAACAAGACACUGAAGGAGGAAAACGCCCAGCGGUCCAGGGAGUACGAGGAGCAGCGGAAGGAGGCCAUGCUGCACUUCCAGAUGACCUUGAGCGAUAUCGAGGUGCAGAUGGAGCAGCACAGCUCCCACAACACCAAGCUGAGGCAGGAGAACAUGGAGCUGGCCGAGAAGCUGAAAAAGCUCAUCGAGCAGUACGAGCUGCGAGAGGAGCACAUAGACAAGGUGUUCAAGCACAAGGAGCUGCAGCAGCAGCUGAUGGACGCGAAGCUGCAGAGAAUCACCGAGAUGAUGAAAGAAGUCGAGGAGAAGCAGCAAAGAGAGAGAGACUUUCUGCUGAAGGACGCCACGGAGUCCAGACACAAGUGUGAGCUGAUGAAGGAGCAAGAAACACAGCUCAAACAACAGCUCUCCCUGUACAUGGACAAGUUUGAGGAGUUUCAGAGCACUCUGGCUAAAAGCAACGAGGUCUUCACCACUUUCAGACAAGAGAUGGAGAAGAUGACCAAGAAGAUCAAGAAGCUGGAGAAGGAGACGACACAGUGGAGGACCAAAUGGGAGAGUAACAACCAGGCUCUGCUGCAGAUGGCCGAGGAGAAAACUCUUCGUGACGGCCACUUCAAGGCUCUGCAGGGGAAGCUGGAGCUGCUGGAGAGGCUGUGCAGAGCCCUGCAGAAGGAGAGGAACGACCUCAACAACCAGCUCAGCCUCCUCCAGGAGCAGGGAGACAAAGGGACCACAGCGCCUCCUGAAGCCCAGCCAAGGGAGCCCUCCAACGGGGAGGAAGACGAGGACGAGGAUGAGGUGGAGGAGGAGGAAGACGAGGAGGGCUUGGCGCAGGGUGACGAGCUGGAGACGGAGGGCGUCCACCAAGCCCCCAGACCACCUGAACUGGACCCCACGACGGCUGCUACUGACAAAACCACUACUGCGACGACGACGACGACCAGCCAGCCUGCAGAAGCACCGCCCUCACAGCAGGACUGAACAAGCCUACACCGCCCGAGUGUGUAGGUGAGACGGGUGUGAUCGGAGGGCUCCACACACCUCCAGCCUAGUUCCAUAACUAGCCAGAGAAACCAUCUGCAAUGGGGAUAGAGAUUUCUUUUCUUUUUUUAAUCCUAGACUUGCCUCUCCAGGUUUCUGAACAGAAACUGAACCCAUAUCAUUUUUUUUGUGCGAUAGUUAAAGAAGGAUAAAAUGAUUGUAUCGAGGAUUCUAUUCUAAAACUUUGCCCACGUUUUACAUUGGUUGUAAUAAUUGGCUUUGUGGCGAGCACUUGGUACUCCCUGUUUUCUACCAUAACUGUAUUUUCAUAGGAAAGUCUCGUGCAAAUUGAAGCUAGUCAAAGUCAAAUUGGCCUUUUAUUUCUCUCUUCACAUGGUCUCUCCCUGUAGUGUCACAUGUCUCACUGGAAAUUCUAGUUUGAUUAAAUUGAAAAGUGGGUUUAUCACGUGCAUAUUGUCGCAGGUCACUUUGUAUUAACGUAGCCUUACUGUCGGCAUGUGAUCUGGAAAACUGGAGGAGGAAAUGGGACAGUGUAGAGUCAGAGUUGGGCUUAUUUGACAUCCGUCUUGGCCACAGGGUAUUAAAUAUAUUUUUUGAUCACGUUUUAAUUUUCUUGAUUAGAGCAGAAAGUGUCGCAGCAAAAUGAACCUUGUGCAAUAGGUGGUGCUGGUUUAAAGCUCUGAAACAGGGACAACUUGUGGGACAGUUGGUGAGCAACUUCGGCUGUCGAGCUCAACUACAACAUGCUAACUAGCUGGCAACAUGCUCGCUAAUUGCCAGUUAGUAUGCUAGCAAGUAGGGCUGUCACUUUAUCUGAAAAAAUACAAUAAUAGAUUUCUAAUAAUCAGUUGGAAUUCAAAAUUUUGAAGCGUGUUAUCCCAGCAGGCCACGUUUAGCACUCUGACCCAGACAUGACCUGUUGGUAAAGUGUGGAGGCAAAUUUGAGUAUUUGCAUUCAACAGACAGACAGAAAACGUGUGGUCAAAAGCUAAACAUCACCAUAGCUACAAUGAAACACAGCCCUUGAUUCAAGGAGGCGCCGCACAUGAAAAACAUACAGUAAUAACUUGAUCAUGACUUUUGGAAAUUGUGACAGCGCCAUUAGCUCAUUUGGUUGCCAACUCAUGGACCUAUAAACAGAAGUAGAUACAGCGUUAGCAGAAGGGCCCGGGUAAUUGCUAUGAAAGUUUCUCAAUGGCACAUGAAGCCAAACAUUUCUGCUUAACCUGGAUGAUCGGCACUGUUUCCGCACCGUUUGGCCCAUAGAGCAGCCUGCUUUCAGUUUAGUGCUUUGUUGCCACUACGAACAUUGGCUUCAAAUUUCAAUGCACUUCCUGGGGGGGUCUGUGCUAACCGGAGAAAAGGCUAACGGUAAAAUUACUUGAAUGAUCGGCACCGUUUGGCCCACAGAGCAGGCUGGUCGAGCUGCCUACUUCUAGUCUAGCUUUGUUAACUUGAAUGUGGAUAAAAUUAUUUAAUCACGCGGCUCAUCUAGACUUUCCAAAUGUUAUUGGACCGAAUGGACGCUCCAAAAAAAAUGUAUCCACCAAUGUACAGAUGUCUCUUUUGCCAUGUAAGUCUAUGGGAAAAGUAUUUUUGUGCCCCUUCCUGGGAGCCUGUGCUAACCAGACAAAAAGUUAGCAGUUUACUUGAGAUAUAUUUAUAGUAUUAACUCACGCAAACCACAUCUCCUCUGGAGUGUUUUAUUGUCUGGAAGCUUCCUCUGUUUGGACUGUGGUUCUCUAAGUCGAACUCUAAAACAAUUGGCUUUUAUAAAUGCUCACCUGACCUGGCUUGGUAUCAAAUCAAGCCUCAGAAAUAGCCACCUCUGCACAUCAGUUUUAGGUAAAUUAUAGCUUCAACAGUUGACCACAAGAUAAUGAGUCCACCUUUACAAAAUUCAGAUUUUACAGGUGGUGUUAAGGCCACUGUGGUGAUGAGAAAGCUGAAAUAUUUUGAGAAUAAAAUUGUAAUUUUGAAGAGAAAAAAGUCAUAUUUCAAGAAGUGUAACUUUGCAAAAAAAAGGUUAUAUUUUGAUCAACGAAUGUGGAAGACUGAUUAAAUCAGAGGACAUGUUCUUGCAAUAUUACGACUUCAAAUUGUCUCCCUGCACUCGAGGGAUUUACAGGAAAUGAUUCAACAUGUUCUGGAUUCAAUGCAGAACAAAACCCAGUGCGACGUCCAUUAGAUCUAAUCUGCAAGUUAACAUUUAAUCAUGAGUUUAACAGGUCUGUACUAGCUAAUGUUGUUGAGCGUCCUCUGUAAUAAAACAUGACUUGAUGAACCCUUUCAGCCCGCCCUUUAACACGAGUUGCUCCUCCUCAGUGGUAACUCACACUUGAGGGGUGUAUGCUGCCCCCAGUGGUUGAUUUGUGCGUCACUUUGAACAGGACUCUGUGGUAGGUGUUGUUAAAGCUCACCUCUGUUACUGCAGGUGUCACCAAUUUGACCAGGACUGAAAUCGUAAGCAUUAGAAGUUGGGUUUGAUAAUGUAAUCUCCCAUUUAACCUUUUUUUGUUUGUGUCCCUGUGAGGAAACAUAACGAGGGAUAAUACGGGAACUAGAAAAACAUGAAAGCUCAGCGAUUGUCUGCGUGCAAAAUGUGUUACUUGAUCUUAAUCUGCAUUUCAGUUAUCCACUUUUUAAUGAACCGUAUCAUUUGACUUCCGUACAGUCAGCUCAACAGGGUGUACAGACAAGAACCGAGUCAGGAGUUCUGACACAGUUUGUCCACUGGCAAAUUAUUUUCUGUAAAUUAUGUUAGAGAACAUCAGAAUAAUGAGCCUCGACGUCUUUGACACUUUAUACUGGAAGAAGAUUGAAUGUGAUUUUUCUUUUCUAAUGCAUUUAAAUAAAAAGAUUUGAUUUCCAUCAGCGAUGCAUAUCAACAGGAGCUGCAGCUGUUACUGUACACGAGGAAACUCGUCAGUGUGCGUAGACACCUGAAACAGUGAAUGUAGGGAAUCAGUUGUCGGCAGUGUCAAACUGAGCUGUGGAUCUUGAAACUGGCAGUGUUAAGAAUAGAAGCCCCUCAAAUAGAAAUUAAGGUACACAUUUGCACCCCCUGCGUAUUUUACCUUUUGUCACUACAGUUUUGUUUUUUAAUUUGGGGCACUUCUGUCACCCCCCAAUGACUCCUUGUGUAACGAUUAACCACCCCAUUACGUUGAAUUCAUGAACAAAACGUUUCUCUCACAUGCCUCUCGUGAGGGAAGAAUCCAAAAACAGAAAAUUAUCUCGUUAUAAACUGCAAAACUAUUUUGAAACAUUUGUUAACAAACUCUCACACAACUCGUGCAGUAUAAUCCAAGUCCCAUUUAUCCAGUCGUAUGCUCAGUAUCUCCCAAGCAGACUGCGGUUUCCAACAGGGAACUGAAACAUAUUUAUGUUCUCUUCAAAGCCAGACUCCAUUGACAAAUAUAUAAUUUUACCUUGCUGAACAUAGGAGCUGCUGGUGUAUUGUCAUUUGGCACCACAGCUGCAUGAAGGGGCGAAGCUGUCCUCCACAUUCUGUGUGCGGUCCUAAUCCUCCUCCUCUUCAUCAUCAUCCACCUGAAUAUUACUAUCUGACCUGUUGAAAGUAGCUGUCUGAGUUACGAAAUGAUCCUGUGCGUCCCGUUCCUCUGUUGUGGCGCAGCUGUGUCCCACUGCCACAUUUUCAUCACUGAUUCUUGGUUGAAAGUCUCCGAAGGCUUUGACGGAGGUGAAAAACUCAGUGUGCAAACAUGAUUAACACAACGUCAGAUUUGUUUCUGGAUGUGCAACAAUUUUAGACCAAAAAAAUAAAAAGACUCAGUGCGCAAAGACCUUUGAAUUAUCUCAGUUUUGGAUUCUUCGUUCACUGUUGAGGCAGAAGUUUUCUUUGUGAAUUCCCCCGUAUAACACAGGGUGAGUAACUCAUAUACAACUGGUCAUUUUGGGGGUGAAGUAUUACUUUAACCCUGCUUGCUCCACUACCUAAGCAACAGCUGAUACUGCAGCUAUUGUUCCACAACAGAUCCAAAAUCUUGAAUACAGGAGUUAACUCUGGGUGCAAAGUGAUCUGCUCACCCCGUUAUUGCUUCAUCUGCAUCUGUAGUUUGAAUCCCUUAUUUGUGGGUACAAGGCUGAUCCAUGGUGUGCACCUUUUUUGCCGACUAUUCUCUUUGAGAUCUCGUACGCAGUGGGAAAGAAAAUUGCUUGACUUAAAGUGUAGUGGUGAAGAACCAGAUUCCCUCAGCACUGUUUAAUUUGUUGUUCCGGCCAUUCUUUCCUCAAGUGGCUCCUUUUUAACUCAGUAUAUUGUAAAGACAGUGAGAAUCACAGGGGUGAUACAACACAUAAUUUUCCUUUACAAAUGUAACAGUGCGACUUGAAGUAACGUCCUCGAAGACGUCGCCUUGCAGUCUGAUUGAUUCUAUCUGUGACGUCUCCUGGUCUUUUCCACGUUUCUCCUCCUCGUGGAUCUAUCUUCUCAUUUAAAUACUAAACUGAUGUAAACACGUACAGGGUCAGGUGGUGUGUGCAUAACUUUCUUUCGGGUGGAGGACAGGUGUAGUCCAAGCCGAGGGAAGACUUUUCAGCAUCUGUUUCCUCUUUCUUUGGCGUUGCCCCAGAUUGACUCUCAGGUAAUGUCAGAAUCUACCUCUGCAGGUGAGACUAACUGUGAAAGAAGAGGCAUGAGUCACCAUAGCUUCGGAGAGCUCUAUUUUUACUAAAUAAAGAAAAAAAAAUGAGCCCACACCCCCUCUUUGAUUGUACAAUGUUCUUAUAGUCCUGUCUUGCUUUUCAAUAAACAUUUUGUAGAAUUUGCAAAA